CUCUUGAACGUUAAGCAUGAAAUUUGUUUGGAAUUGCGGAAUAUUCUUCUGUGUCUUUAUGCUUUUACUUUUCUCUUUAUUUGUUUUUGGGAAAUGUGAAUCUAGACCGAAACUUAGAGAAUUAAGGAAUCAAUUCUCUACAGAUGUCGAUGGACAUGACGACAGUUCAGAUAAAUCAUUAUUGAUUAACGAUCAAGAUCUUCCCGGUUUGGAAAUCAAAGCAAGACCAUUAGCUACACCAAAAUCAUUUGCCGGGAUCAGAUACAGAAGAAGUGUUGAGGGUUAUUCAAGAGAUUCGGCAGGCCCACCGGGUCCACGAUAUUCCCCCAACAACCAUACUUCACUAUCUGAAGAAGGACCUGGGGAAACUGGGUUAGGUUCUAUGAAUAAUAUUGACAGAAUUUGUCGAGCUUGCCGACAUAGAAGAUUAAACGGUUGUAUUCGACGAUUUUGUAUCUACUUGAUUAAAUAACCAUACAACACAGAUUCAAUGACCUGGGCCAACUCGGAUAGGUUCUAAGGAUAGUAUUGAAAUGAUUUGUCGACAUAGCAGAUUAAACCGAUGUAUUCGACGAUAUUGUAUCAAAUUGAUUAAAUGACCAUACAACAUAGAUUCAAUGUCAGUAACAUUGAAAUUUACAGAGCUCAUUAAUAAUCAACACUGUGUAUGAAAUGUCAAUAAAACAUAAAUUUGUGUUAA